CCUUUUUUUCCCUCUCUCCCCGCUCCCGGCCGGCGGCUCUGGCACCAUGGUCGGGCUCCUCCGCCUGCUGCUGCUGCUGCUCGUGCUGCCUCCCCCAGGGUCCCCUGAGCCCCCAGGCCUGGCCUCGCUGUCCCCGGGGGCGCCUCCCCAGGCCCCGGACUUGCUCUACGCCGACGGACUGCGGGCCUACGCGGCGGGGGCUUGGGCGCCGGCUGUGGCGCUGCUGCGGGAGGCGCUGCGGAGCUGGGCGGCGCUGGGCCGCGCGCGGCGGGACUGCGGCGCGCUGUGCGCCGCCGAGCCCGGGGCCGCUCUCCCCGCGGUGCUCGCGGGCAACCAAGCGCAGGGGUCCUGGGAGCGGCUGCUCCUCCGCGCCGCGCUGCGCCGCGCCGAGUGCCUGACCCAGUGCGCCGCGCGGAGGCUCGGCCCGGGGGGAGCGGCGCGGCUCCGCGUGCGGGGCGCGCUGCGGGCCGCUUUCCGCCGCCGGGAGCCCUACAACUACCUGCAGAGGGCCUACUACCAGCUGAAGAAGUUGGACCUGGCGGUGGCAGCAGCACACACCUUCUUUGUAGCGAACCCAACACACCUGCAGAUGCGGGAGGACAUGGCUAAGUACCGCCGGAUGUCCCGGGUUCGGCCCCAGAGCUUCCGGGACCUGGAGUCACCCCCGCACUGGGCAGCCUACGACGCAGGGCUGGAGCUGCUGGGGCGUCAGGAGGCAGGGCUGGCGCUGCCCAGGCUGGAGGAGGCCCUGCAGGAGAGCCUGGACCAGACGGAGAACUGCCGGGCCAGCUGUGAGGGGCCUGAGGCGCAGCAGCAGGAGGAAGAAGAGGAUGGGGCCGGGAGCCAGGGGGGCCUGUAUGAGGCCAUUGCAGGGCACUGGAUUCGGGUCCUGCAGUGCCGGCAGCGCUGUGUGGAGGACACAGCCACUCGUCCUGGUCGCAGCUCCCCUGUCCCCGACUUCCUUCCCAGCCAGCUGAAGUGGCUGCACGAGGCCUAUGCUCAGGUGGGAAAUCUGUCCCAGGCAAUGGAAAAUGUCCUGAGUAUCCUGCUCUUCUACCCGGAAGACGAGGCUGCCAGGAAGGCUCUGAAGGGGUACCAGGCCCAGCUGGGAGGGCCAAGACCCGGCCUCCGGCCCAGAGAGGACAUCCAGCGCUUCGUCCUUCGAUCCCUGGGGGAGAAGAGGCAGCUCUAUUAUGCCAUGGAGCACCUGGGGACCAGCUUCCAGGAUCCGGAUCCCUGGACUCCAGUGGCUUUCGUCCCCGAGGCACUUAGAGAAAAGCUCAGAGAGGAUCAGGAGAAGAGGCCCUGGGACCAUGAGCCUCCGCAGCCUAAGCCCUUGACCCACUGGAAGGACGUGCUUCUCCUGGAGGGAGUAACUCUGACCCAGGAUGCGAGGCAGCUGAACGGCUCGGAGCGAGCCGUGCUGGAUGGGCUGCUCACCCCGGCCGAGUGUGGGGCACUGCUGCAGCUAGCCAAGGAUGCAGCAGGGGCUGGAGCCCGGUCUGGCUAUCGUGGCCGCCGCUCCCCGCACACGCCGCAUGAACGCUUCGAUGGGCUCACAGUGCUCAAGGCUGCGCAGCUGGCUCGGGCAGGGACUGUGGGCAGUCAGGGCGCUAAGCUGCUUCUGGAGGUGAGUGAGCGUGUGCGGACCUUGACCCAGGCCUACUUCUCCCCAGAAAGACCCUUGCAUCUUUCCUUCACCCACCUGGUGUGCCGCAGCGCCAUAGAAGGAGAGCAGGAACAGCGCAUGGACCUGAGUCACCCAGUGCACGCAGACAACUGCGUUCUGGACCCCGACACGGGAGAGUGCUGGCGGGAGCCCCCAGCCUACACCUAUCGAGACUACAGUGGACUCCUCUACCUCAACGAUGACUUCCAGGGUGGGGACCUGUUCUUCACGGAACCCAACGCCCUCACUGUCACGGCUCAGGUCCGUCCUCGUUGUGGACGCCUCGUGGCUUUCAGCUCCGGUGGCGAGAAUCCCCAUGGCGUGUGGGCCGUGACGCGGGGCCGACGCUGCGCCCUGGCGCUGUGGCACACGUGGGCGCCUGAGCACAGGGAGGAGGAGUGGACAGAAGCCAAUGAGCUGCUGCAGGAGCCAGAGGAGACCGAGGAGGAGGAGGAAGAGGAAAUGCCCAGCAGAGCACCCUCCCCAGAACCCCCCGGCCGCAGGCUUCAGCGGGUCCAAGACAAGGCUGGGAAACUGCCUCGGGUUCGGGAGGAGCUGUGAGGGGCUGCAUCAGCCCCUUAAGGAGAUGGCCACCUGUCAGGCGAAGGGCCUCCUCGCUGCCGGGACCCACGAGAAGCCCCCAUGUGACAUCUGGAGCAGAAUACAAGCUCUCUGUCCCUAUACCCCACCAUGUUGGGGAUCCACAAGGGCCAACCCAGCCCUCAGAGAACAUUCCACAGGCUCGCCUAGAGCUCCAGCCGAUGGACCUCCAGCCCUAUGACAGACAGAGGCCACCAUGUCUCCCCAAAAAAAGAUGGCAGGGGGGACGGAGCUGCCUGCUUUAAAUGAGGAGGAUGAGGGGAAGGACGCAGAGGGUGGGGGAGUGGAUAACCCCGCUCCCCUCUACCAGCCUGUGCAAUAAAGAACACGAAGAUCCCUCAGC